AUGUGGCCCGCUUAUUUCAACCCCUCAUUGAAACGCCGCCCGGCCGAUUUUGAUCCUUCCUCGGAUCCGGACCAUGUCACUGCGUAUUACCAUUGGAGGAUCGAUACGAAGAGCCCCGGCGAGAGCCAUGCCGCUGAGUUCUCCCCCCCCGGGCAGAUCUCACCGGGAUCGUCCUCGCAUGAGCCGCCUGAUGGUCGCAUCGCCCACACUCUAACGGCUUGUACAAGAUGCCGCCAGCGGAAAUCAAGAUGCGAUCCCGGACUCCCUCGAUGUGUGCCCUGCGAGCGAAGCAACGCAAAAUGCGUCUAUUACGACUCCACCCGGAACACUACCAUCCCACGCACGUAUAUCGUCUCGCUCCGAGAAAGAGCUCGCGCUUUAGAGAAACAACUGGCAGCGGCUGAGAAAGAUGUAAAACAUUCGGCAGAUGCUGGAUUGAUGGUUCGGAGCGCCGGCCGCAUUCGCUUCCAUGAAAACGAUGAACCUCGGUACUUGGGCCCAUCGAGCGGAAUUGCCAUGACUCGUUUAGUGAUGGAGAUGGCGAAGCAGAAUACCGACUCGAAAAGCAUCAAAGAUGUUGUGCCCGAGUUGACCGCCCAGGAAAUCAAAGCUGCCUUCGCCAAGGAGGAUUCGAAGCCGACAUCGAAGGUGUAUCCCAUGAUCAGCUCUCUCCCGCAGCCUAAUCUCCCACCCGUAAACCUGACCAACAAACUAAUCGAUGUUUUCAUGGUGAAAGCCCAGGCGAUGCUCCCAAUUUUACAUGAACCCAGUUUUCGGAGAGAGGCGAAAGAGGUUUUUGACGGAUCAACCGAUCCGUGUCAUAAUUUUCAAUUGCGCAUGGCGAUCGCCGUGAGCAUGCAAAAGAUGAGCCCGGAGUAUGCUGGUCUGGCAGAUAGCUAUUACCUGGCCGCCCUGCCGUACCUGGAUCCAGUCCUCAAGAAUAUGGAUCUUAGGGCCUUACAAUGCUUAGUGAUGAUAGCCCAAUACUCCAUGCUAACUCCCACCCGAACCGCGGCAUACUGGGUGGUAGGAACUGCCGUCAAGCUCUGCCAAGAUCUAGGCUUGACGGAAGAAGCGACCAUCACAAAGCCUUCGAACGGGCAGGCUUUGAACGCUCUGGAGGUUGACAUGCGGCGGAGAUUGUUUUGGGCCGUUACGUCCAUGGAGUUUGGCCUGUCCCACUCGCUGGGCCGUGCGAGCUGCUAUAGUGUCACACACGAUAAUAUCGAUGUCAAAUUUUUCGAAUUGGUUGAUGAUCGUUACAUCACGGCGAAGGGAGUCACCCCGGGAGCCAAACCGGUCCUGAGCAAGUGUAUCAGUGUUCAUUUCUUCAAAAUGCGUCUAUUUCAACUGGAAGCCCGGCGAAAGCUCUAUCUGAAUCCCUCGGAUACCCCAGUUGAUGACCAGGAUCCAUGGUUUCAUCAGAUGAUGGACAAGAUCGACCGCUGGUUGGAUAGCUGCCCCAAACAUGACGACGGGAGUGGUAUGAAUGUCAAAUGGUUUGAAGGAAGACGCAAUACAAUUGUGAUACUGAUGUACCGACCAUCGCCGCAAAUACCUGAACCGUCUGUCAAUGCUGCUAAGAUUUGCUUUGAGGCGUCGACGUACAAUAUAGUCAUGCAUAAAGAGCAGAUGGUUACCGGAUCUGUGGAUCUAACGUGGAUUUUCACCCAAGCAUUGUUCAUGGCGCUCAAUACAAUUCUCUGGACAUUGUCGUAUCCGGAAAUCCGGAAAGAGCAUCCUGUCGAGGAGGUCCAAACCUACCUGGACAUGGCUCUAGAAGUCAUCGUCUACUCUGCCGAACGAUGGCCGGGUGUGAUGUCCGCAUACCUGCUGUAUCGACGACUUGUCACGGCAUGUUUGAAGGCAUACAGCACGGACGAAUCUUUCGUUGUCCAUUCGCCUUCCAGCCACCCUACACCAACAUCUUCACAGGGUGUUAUGACUCCACCAGCGAUGUCGAGACCUUCAAGCACAACCACGUCAUCGUUUUACGCUCAAAGCUAUCGGACAGCCAAUCCAGCCAUGAGCAGCGAGAGUGCUUCCACCGGCACAAUUUCCCGGGGCCAAUCGGCCGACCCUCCAUUUUCCUUCCCAGCUUCGACUCCUCCUGCACAUGUUGAAGAUUUUAAGAUCCCAGCGGGAGUCUCAGCACCUCCGUUUGGGGUAAAUCAACCCCCCGUUAAUCUGAACCAGUCUCCCAUCAAUCCCAACACGAGAGCCUCUGGCGCAACCGGAGCCUAUGGAAAUACUGGCGUCAUUUACCCUGACAUUUCUGUCGACCCCAAUACUCCAUACAAUGCGAUUCCGUCUGUGGUUCCGGGCCUCCAAGGCUGGGACCCCAAUUUCUCUCUUGCAUCCACCACUGCCAGCCACCUAGCCUAUAUUGAUGCUACGGUUGAUCCUAUGCACUGGACAACCACAAUUGAGGAUCAGUUUUCGCAGUACUUCCAUGAACCGUUCCCGGUUCCAGCAAGGCGUGAGCGCACCCUCAGCCAACAGGAGCAAAUUGAGUUGAUGGCUUCCCUGGAACAAGAUAUCCCGGAUGUAUCAGCUCACGCGUGUUUGGUAUUUGCUUUGCUUCUUGCUUUUCGGGCGGGUGCUAUGGGAAUUGGGGACACAAGUCUUAUGGGACGGCUUGGGCCCGAUUCCAUGGUCACGUGGCCGGCCCGUUUUGCCUCCAACCUCUCGAUCCAGACGCUCUGGAACCACAUCUUCCCCCUCGCCAUCCAUCACGACCCCCACCCCCCCCCCGAUCGCACACACUGGCAUUCAAGGAUUAGAUUGAUCGCGUGGAAUGCAUACGGCCUAGACCGUGCGCUCUUGUCGGAAACGAUUCGGAAUCUCUGCCCUGUGGCCGAAGAGUCUUCGACCUUGGACCAUCACCCGGUAGAGAGCUUUCUUGGCCGGAUUCUCAUGUCGGAUCGUGCCCCAUCCAUUUCAUUUCACGCCGCUCCUCUCUCGCCCUCCUCGCCCGCUGCUGGUUCUUUCAAAGAGAAUCACCAGCUGCUCAUUCACUCGGAUCAUAUCCCCCCAGACCCCGACAUCGCCUCCGUUGAUGCAUCACCCGACCAGGCGAUUACACACCCCAACACCUCUCCUCCCUCUCCCACACCCAUGUCUACACAGGUCUCUCAGCAGCCGACUCUGAGCAUGACCAACUCUUUCCCCGCCCCCGCCAGCAGUGUCAGUGGGUACCCGAUGAAUGCGCCUUCAUCGGACGAGCCGGAGCACAAGUCUUUCACGAGUGGAACCCAGGACGAUUCAAGGAAGAUGGAGGAGGAUCAGAAAAACCCAGAACAGAACGGAAGUGAGCACGAGCAGCAGCAAUCGGUAGUCGCGCCAGAAACCGGAGUUCGCGACUUUGCCGACCAACCUUCUGCAGACAACGACGCCAUGGACGUGGAUAAAGAAUCCGCGCCCCGACUGAACAUUCGAAACCUCGGUCUGGACGCACUCAACGAAAAUUUCACCUCGGCUUUCCAUAUUUGCAAGAGCUCGCCCACCGUCACGGGUCCGGAUCCUUCAAUGGACUUAAUAUCUCUCUAUGGAUUAGGCUCCAUCGCAAAAUCGGUCGCGCGAAUGGACCCUAUCACAGGCGAGAAAAUCAAUCGACUUAGAAAGUCGUACGAGGGGAAAUUGAAGGGACUUGGGCUGGCAGGACGGAACAAGGCUGUGAAACAGGAACCCGGCGCGCCUGGUAGCUUGCGACAUUUAACGCUGUGGCCGGAGGAGGAAUGGCAGAACCAGAAGGUUUUUGGAAAGCAGAUCAAGAUCGCGGAUAUGGACUCGGGACUCCAAGAUCUGCAUGCCAAAGCCAUGCAACUAGAGCCUGGCCCUGUGCCGAAUAACGAUUUCUGGGAGGAUGUGCUUGGACAUGAAAAACCCACCAAGGCCGGCGCGAGCGAUAGUGGCAAGAAGCCCGCAGCAAUUCCUAGCCGUCCCGCUUUACCAGGACGCAGUCCUGCCCCGACAUCCCAAGACGCGGAACGAGGACGCCCCACUCGCGGUCGUAAGCGCAACUACGAUGACAAUAGCUUCGUGGGGUACGGCGAAGGCUACAUAGAUGAUGAGGAGGACACCGGCUUUCUUUCCGGUAGCGAGGGAAGCAACAAAAAGAAACGGAAGAAGGAACACAUGCCCACCAAGGUGUCAACCCCCCUGUCCGAGCGGAGCGGCAGUUACGGGGUUGGUAUGUUCGGAAUUGGCGCCAGAUAA